AUGACGACCAACGUUCACACCGGCAGGCCCGAUUCGCCUCAGGACAAGGUCGGAGUCAACCAAAUGGAACACGUUCUUACAACCGAUGAUCCGGCUCUCAUGAAGCAGCCAGUAGUCGAGAAGGUGGACGAGUUCGGCGCGCACACUAAGACCGACCCCAGAGAAAUUGCGCUGGUGAAGAAGAUUGACUGGUACAUCCUCCCCAUUCUCUGGGUGAUGUACUUCCUCAAUUUCUUGGACCGAAACGCCAUGAUUAACGGCAAGCUCAACGGACUCGCCGACCACCUAGGUCUAGUCGGUCAGCAGUACAACACCUGUGACUGUCUAACUCUCAGCAGCUAUCUUUGCGGCCAGGUUCCGUCCAACAUGAUUCUCAACAGAGUUCGGCCAUCGUGGUAUAUGGCUGGCUUCAUGAUGGCAUGGUCCGUCGUCAGUCUGCUGACAUACAAAUGCCACAAUUUCGCCACCAUGCUUGCUUGCCGCUUCCUCCUCGGAAUUACCGAGGCACCUUUCUACCCGGGGGCCUUGUACAUGCUCUCCAUGUUCUAUACACGCAAGGAGGUUUCAAGUCGCAUGGCCAUCUUUUACACCGGAAACAUGGCUGCAUCCGCAUUUUCGGGUCUGAUUGCCGCCCCUAUUUUCUCUGAGAUGGAGGGCAUGAGGGGCCUUCAUGGCUGGCAAUGGCUCUUUAUCAUCCAGGGCGCAAUUUCUAUCCUGGUCGCCUUCUUCGCCUUCUUUAUGUUGCCCGACAGCCCCCUCAAGACUCGUUGGCUCACUGAGGAGGAACGUCAACUUGCCUAUACCAGAAUCUACAACGACACAACCGACCGUCGCGAAGGCACUUCCGUCUGGAAGGGUCUCAGCGAGGCUUGCAUGGACUGGCGCACCUGGGUCUUCUGCCUCAUGGACAACCUCCACUUGUCGGCCAACGGCUUCAAGAACUUCCUCCCCACCGUCGUCAAGACCCUCAAGUUCAAUACCACUGUCACCCUCGUCCUCACCUGCCCUCCCUACGUCUUCUCAGCCUUCUUUUCCGUCCUGGUUCCCUGGUCAUCCGGAAAGUACAACGAGCGCACCUGGCAUAUCACGAUCAGCAAGCUCAUUGUCUGCAUCGGUUUCGUCAUGUCCGUCGCGUCUCUCAAUAUGGCUGUGAGAUACACUGGUAUUAUGCUCUUCGUUGGCGCAACCUAUGGUGUCAACAACCUUAUUUUGGGCUGGACCUCCUCCGUUCUCGGCCAGACUGAUGAGAAGAAGGCCGUGGCGAUUGCUAUGGCGAACACCUUAGGUAAUGCGGCUAGCAUCUACACGCCGUACCUCUGGCCCGAUUCCGACUCCCCUCGAUUCCUAACGGCCAUGUGCGCUAGCAUUGGCUUUUCCAUCGGUGUUGUCAUCUGCGCCUGGUUUAUGAGGUGGGCUUUGAUCCGCACGAACAACAAGAAGAGACGGGAGGACCCCAAUGCCACCAACUUCUAUGUCUACUAA